AUGCGGUAUUCCAGACAGACUAACUAUCCCGACUGGGAUGACAAGCAGUGUUGGGAUGACAAAACAGCCAGCAGGCACCAUCACAGGAAAAGACCAUCACACAGCAGUGCACAUGAGAGCAAGCGCUGCAAAUAUAAUCACGCCCAAACUUACGACAGCCUUUAUUCAGACGCCGAUUGCUUCCAUGAAAAUGAAAGAGAUCAUCAUGAACGGUGCUAUGUGGAAGAAUACAGCGACAACUACAGUCAGCUCUCUGAAACCAGGCAUCAUUGCAGAGACCAUGAGAAUGGCUAUGACAACCACAGUAGCAAGUCAUCUUGUCAUAGUGUCCAAAGCAGUUACAAAAGAAAACACAGGACUCAUGGCAAAUCAGAUCAUCAGUCACACACGAGGAGUCAUCGAAGGAAAAGAUCGAGGAGUGUAGAGGAUGAUGAGGAGGGUCACCUGAUCUGUCAGAGUGGAGACGUACUAAGUGCAAGAUAUGAAAUUGUCACUACUCUGGGUGAAGGUGCUUUUGGAAAAGUUGUGGAGUGCAUAGAUCAGAAAACGGGAAAUAGACGUGUAGCAGUAAAAAUAGUAAAAAAUGUUGAUAGAUACUCUGAAGCUGCUCGAUCAGAAAUACAAGUGUUGGAGCAUUUGAAAGCAUCAGAUCCUUACAGCAAAUACCGCUGUGUCCAGAUGCUGGAAUGGUUUGAACAUCAUGGCCACGUCUGCAUUGUUUUUGAACUGCUGGGCCUUAGUACUUACGACUUCAUUAAAGAAAACAGUUUUCUGCCCUUUAGUAUUGACCACAUUAGACGGAUGGCAUACCAGAUUUGCAAAUCUGUAAAUUUUUUGCAUUCCAAUAAACUAACACAUACGGAUUUGAAACCUGAAAACAUCCUAUUUGUGAAGUCGGACUAUACGGAGCAGUAUAAUCAUAAACUGAAACGGGAUGAACGCACACUGAAAAAUCCAGACAUCAAAGUUGUGGAUUUUGGCAGUGCAACUUACGAUGACGAACAUCAUAGUACUCUUGUGUCUACCAGGCAUUACCGAGCUCCUGAAGUAAUUUUGGCUUUGGGAUGGUCCCAGCCAUGUGACGUGUGGAGUAUUGGUUGCAUUCUCAUUGAAUAUUACCUUGGAUUCACAAUAUUUCCGACACAUGACAGUAAAGAGCAUCUGGCAAUGAUGCAGAAGAUACUGGGACCGUUACCAAUUCACAUGAUUCAGAAAACAAGGAAACGCAAGUACUUCCACCAAGACCAGUUGGAUUGGGAUGAGCACAGUUCCGCUGGAAGAUAUGUUUCAAGGCGCUGUAAACCACUGAAGGAGUUUAUGCAGUGCCACGAUUCUGAUCAUGAAAACCUAUUUGAUCUCAUACAAAGAAUGUUGAAGUAUGACCCUGCUGAACGAAUUACCCUUUCAGACGCUCUGAAGCAUCCUUUCUUUUUCCCAUUGAAAGAGAUGUAA